AUACAACAGUUUUUAUGAAAAAAUGUGUUUCCCAAAUGGUGUUCUGCUUGAUGGAAUGUGCUAAAGAACCCUGUUGUAGAUCAGUUAACUACAAAAAGACACCAAACUUACAAAAUGAAUUAAAUUGUGAAAUGUUACACAACGUGAUCUACAAUAUAUCGGAUGAUGUAUUAGAGAAAAACAAUUCAUACGAUUAUGCCUAUUUGACUGAGCCACAGAAGGAUUACAAUCUCAGCUGCUUUGCACCCGUUUUAGAAAACUCCAUCACACAAGGCCAAGACCCGGAUGAGUAUGGUUUAACGUCUUGUAAUACAACUACAUUGGUCAAGAAAGGAUGCUACGCAGAUCCCGGUGCCUUUAAGACAGCCGAAAGAACGUUCCCUCUACUCCAAAUAUAUCCAAAGGAGGUUGAUUGGUAUGAUGGUUGGGAUGAAUAUUUACACAACGUGACCUGCUAUUGCGCAAACCUGGCAAGAAAUGAGGGAUAUCGAUAUUUUGGAGUACAAAAUUUCAAAGAAUGUUGGUUCGGAGAACCUUCAAACUCUUUUUUUACUAUCCAUUCAAAAGUCGAAAAAUGCUGGGGAGUUAGACCAAACUAUAAAGAAUGUAGCGACAAAGCCAUAACAAAAUGUGUUGGAUCUGCAAAAUAUAAUUAUAUUUAUCACAUAUCAUCCAAUUAGCUCAGUUCGUAACAAUAUAUACUCGUAAAAACACAGUUAAUAGAAUGUCGGACAUGCAGUGUCGUUCCUAGACGUAUAUAAGACAUCAGUUCUUCAAUUAUGUUAUGAUACUAACAUUAAUAAAAUUAUAUUGGAAUACUAGAUGAUUCAUAAACAUAGUACAUUUUUAUCCAUAAUCUAUGACCAUUUAUAUAUAACUAUGCUAUAUAUGAUAUAUUGACGACCAAUUGCAAAAACUUGAACUACUACUAAUUAGUUAUUGUUAUAAAUGCGACUAUAUGUUAUAAUUGGUUGUUGAUGUCAGAUGAAAACCUGACGGUGGAUGAUGGAUCUGUGUUCACAUGCAUAGCCAAAGGCUAGUAUCCAUAUAUGAUAUGUUCACAACGAGCCGAUGGAGAGACAGCUGACAUACUAAAAAAUAAAAAAAAGACUCUGGCAUGCAGCCUGGAAUAAAAUGCUUGUAUUUAGAUCGAUAAUACUCUAUGCAUGCAUGACAAUGUGACUGCUCGCGGGCUAAUUUGUACGUAUAGAUAAUAAGUGUAAAGGUAAAGCUACAAAAUGUUACUGGUGUGUUGAAGCUAAUGUGUCUGUUUUGCAUGCAAAAGCGCCCUACUACUCUCUUAAGCCCA